UCCUUUUCUUUAUUCAAUGGUUCACAUGCCAGAAUCAGAUUAGAAAACAGUCGUUAUUAAAGUACAAUAACCUUACUUUCACUUUACAAAGUAUAUCUUACGUAUAAUAAUCAAAUACUAUACGAGCAAUGUUUCGAGUAUAUAAUUAUUUUGCUGUGACUUUGCGCGUUAUUCCAGUCAGAAAAAAUAAUAUACGAUUUAUAAGCUUUUUAAAAAUAAAAGAAACAUUCAAGAAUUGGCUGGGUAUGGAUUCGGGCAAGUUACCAUACAAACACGUGUGUCAAAUUGGUGAUCCUGUACUGCGCGGUCACGCUUUGACGGUAGAACCAGAAGUCAUAAAAUUGAAGGACUUUCAAAAGAUAAUCAAGCAUUUGAUAAGCGUCAUGCGGAUUUAUGGGGCGUGCGGGCUGUCUGGACCUCAAAUCGGACUACCGUGGCAGAUAUUCGCUAUAGAAUUUACGGAGGAGCAUAUGCAAAAGAUCGACGUAGCUGUCAGAAAAACACAAGAAAUAAAAAUUGUUCCGACACAAAUUUUUAUCAAUCCUCAAUUAAAAAUCACGAACCACACUUCUAUCGCUUUUUACGAGGUUUGUGAAAGUAUUCGCGGAUAUUCCGCUGUAGUGCCCAGAGCAUACGAAGUUGAAAUUAAGGCGUUAGACGCUUCCGCUCAACAGUUCACGUGGAAGGCUUGUGGAUGGCCUGCCAGAAUGGCACAACAUGAAUUCGAUCAUUUACAGGGUAAACUGUACGUAGAUAAAAUGGAUAUGAGUACGUUUCACUGCACAGCCUGGGAAAAAAUCAACCGCCACGGCGGUAAAGUGCGUUUAGAAUACAUGCCGUAAAAGUAAAAUAUAUGAUGUACAUGAAUUAGUAUAUUU